AUGGCCUCCCAAGACGGCACAGCAUCGACGCAAACGAGCGCCUCCGCCUACCAUCUCAAACAGCUCACGCAGGAGCUGUCCGAUGACCUCACCAAAGUCAGGGACGCCGACGACUUCAAAUCCGACUCGCUUUCCUCCGAGUCCAAGGCAUUGAGCGCUGGCAACCAAGUCUCGGGCCGCAUGUCCGGGGAGUCGCCGCAAGGCUUGUUGAAACGCCGCGAAGCAGAUCGCUAG